AUGAAAAGCUUAGGGAAGUUGGGCCAAUGGCCCUUACUAACAGCUGCUUUGGCAAUUUGCUUAGUAGCUAGCACUGUUGUUGCUGAUUACUCUUAUGAGUAUUCUCCCUCACCUUCUCACAACACUAACAAGUACUACAAAUCACCAUCUCCAUCCAAAUAUCAUGAGCCCACUACUUAUUACAAGAAACCUUCUCCAUCACACUACUAUUACAAAUCACCAGCUCCUUCAAAGAAAAACUACUACAAGUCGCCAUCACCAGUAAAAUAUUACAAAUCACACUUACCAUCAAAAUAUUACAAGUCACCUGUUCCUUCAAAACACUACUACAAGUCGCCCGUUGUAACGAAGUAUCACAAGUCGCAUGUUCCUUCAAAACAUUACUACAAAUCGCCGGUUCCUUCAAAGCAUUAUUACAAGUCUCCAUCUCCCUCAAAGCACUACUAUAAGUCACCAAUUGCAACCAAGUAUCACAAGUCACCUAUUCCCUCCAAGCAUUAUUACAAGUCACCCACUCCUUCAAAGAAAUACUACAAGUCCCCAACUCCUUCAAAGAAAUACUACAAGUCUCCAUCACCAGCAAAGUACUACAAGUCACCAUCUCCAGCAAAGUACUAUUACAAGUCACCUUCACCAACAAAAUAUUACAAAUCACCCGCUCCAUCUAAAAACUACAAGUCGCCUGCACCAACAAAGUAUUACAAAUCACCCGCUCCAUCUAAGUACUACAAGUCGCCUGCACCAACAAAAUAUUACAAAUCACCAGUUUACUACAAGUCUCCACCACCACCACCUUAUUAUAAGAAAUCACAAUCGUACUAUAAGUCACCUCCACCCCCUCCAAAAUAUUAUCAGUCACCUUUUUACUACAAGUCAUCUCCACCUCCAUCAAAAUACUAUGAGCAAUCACCAUCUUCUUAUAAAUCUCCGCCACCCCCACCAAAAUACUAUGAGCAAUCACCAACAAAUUAUAAGUCUCCACCUCCACCAUACUACCAAGAAUCUACACCUUACUAUAAAUCUCCUCCGCCUCCUCCAAAAUCCUACAAGCAAUCACCUGUAACCUACAAAUCACCACCUCCUCUUCAAAAGACCUAUGAACAAUCAACAUCAUACUACUCACCUCCACCACCACCGUACUAUAAGCAAACACCCACCUAUGCCUCACCUCCACCACCCGAGAAGUACGAGCAAUCUAUCACCUAUGCUUUACCUCCACCCUUGUCAGCAUCUCCUCCACCACCGGAGAAGUACGAGCAAUCUGCCACCUAUGCUUCACCUCCAUCCCCGUCACCAUCUCCUCCACCACCUACAAAGUAUGAGCAAUCUGCCACCUAUGCUUCACCUCCACCCCCGUCACCAUCUCCCCCACCAACCUACUACUAAUAUUCAAAUCCAUUCUCUUAAAUCAUUUUCCAAAUCUCCAUGACUUAUUAACUCCGAGUCCGGAGCCAAAAUGACAUAUUUUUACAGCAAUUAGACCAAAAUAGGCUGUCUUUUUUUUUUUAUACCCAAAUGGGUAUUUCGUUGAUCAUUCAACGAAAUACCCCAGUUACUGUUCAUAGCAGCAACUCUUUUUUUUUAAUUUUUUUUUUGCAUUUCGUGGAACAAUCCACGAAAUAGCUUUUUUUUUUUUUAAUUUCGUGAAAAAAAUGAUUUUUUUUUUACAUAUCAUGACACAAUCCACGAAAUAGAUGUUUUUUUAUUUUAUAUCGUGAAUAAAAAAAGAAAUAGGAAAUUAUAAUUAUUAUUUUUUUUUGCAUUUCGUGUAUUAAAAAACGAAAUAGGAUAAAUUUUUUUCU